GAAUGAUGGAACCUUAGACAUGUCCUGUGCAUCUUCAGGCGAAGUUGAAGUGAGGCACGUGCAGAAGAUCACAGAAGACGAGGACAAUGGGGCAUCAAGAAAAAGUACAGGGGGGCAUGGUAUUAUCAGUGAGCCCUAUCUUGAAGAAACAUUGCUGGACUACGAAGAAAGCGAUUGUGCUUUUGUAGAUCUGGCCAGUGACCCCUCUGUGUCCUGCCUGGCAAGAGUAGAGAAGUAUAUCUGCGAUGAAACAAUAGAUGAUGUGCAAAAAACAAAGGUCAAAAGAAAAAGACGGCUUCCGAAGCGAUACAGAUCAAACGACGAUGAGACAGACUCUGACCGUGAGAAAAAAGAAGAAAAAGAAUGGAAACCCAACCAGAAAAUAACACAGCGCUCUUCAACUGGAAAGAAACAGCGUUUGAUUAAAGUUGGUCAUGAACUGUUGCAGAGCCCCGCCAGUGAGAAGAAAGAAGAAACACAAAUUAAACCCGACCAAAGCAAAGGGCAGCGAUCUUUGAAAAAAAAGCAUUUGAUUAAACUUAGAAUUGGUUUGAUGGAGAAGUGCCCUGAUACAGCUUUAUCAAACAAUGCUUUCAUGCUUAAAGGUCCAGUUCAAACAAUAUUGUGUCAACAAAACUUGAGCGAGCCUGAUUUCUUCAACCAUCUGAGGUCCACCUUUCCUGAGCUUGGAGAAGACGAACCCCUUGAGGCUGUUUUGCUUGAAAGAAACAAAACAUCAGUUUCUCAUCCAGUAAGUAGGGUGACACAGAGUGAGCUCUACAGAGCCUUCAGAAAUGCACAGAAACACCUUGCCUUUUACAUACAGCCAAAGGAGCUUGAAGACACUUGUGACACAGCAACAUCAUCACAUGGUCACAAGCCCAGUACAAGCGUCCAAGACCGUAUGACGGCAGCCCCUCCCUUUUCCCACAGCGGUCUUCAAGAACAGUCAGAAACGCAGGGUCCCAGUAAAUUGUCAGAUGAGCAAGAUGGCCUGUCCUUCAUUGCAUCUGCAGCUCAGAGUGAAGAGGGUGAAGAUGAUGAUGAUGACUGGAAUCCAGCACAAAACGAACAAAAUGAAGAACACAGCACUUCUUCAAAGAUUAAAAAGAUCAGAAAGAAAAGAGUUACACAGCUGAGCCUAGAUUCAUGUAAAGUGUGUGGGCUUACAUUCCAAUCCAUCAAAAUCCUUACCAAACAUGCUCUAUGUCAUCUGGAUAAUCCAAAAAGCAUCUGUGGAGUAUGUGGACAAGAACUGGAGUCAUCAGAGGAGCUCAAGAGUCAUCUGGACACUCACCAGAAACUUCAUCAAUGUGACAAAUGUGGACGAUAUUUUUUGACCUUCAUUGUUUUUCAAAAACAUAAAAUUACCUGUGAGUUAGGUGAAACCGCCGCAGCUGAUGGCAACAUGUGGAAAAAAAUUAAUGUACAUCAAAAAGAAAAGCCUAGUUACAAAUGUGACUACUGCCCUCAGAUUUUUAGAAUUAAAACACAGCUUUACAUUCACAAGAAGAUACACACAGACGGGAAGCCAUAUUCUUGUGAUGUAUGUGGUAAAUGUUUCUCAAAUUAUUCAAACUUGCACCGGCACAAACUAAUUCACUCUGGUGAGAAGAAGCACAGUUGUACACAUUGUGGAAAAUUCUUUUAUAGUAAAUAUUUUCUGAAUAAGCAUGAGAUAAUUCAUUUAGACAGAGAAAGAAACUUCUUGUGUGACAUUUGCAGCAAAACAUUUUAUACAAACUCCUUGUUAAUCUCGCACCAGAAAAUACAUGAUGAAUCACACAUCAUUAAAUGUCCUGUUUGUGGCAAGUUAUUAAAAGGAGAGUUACAGGAACACAUGAGGAUUCAUACUGGAGAAAAGCCUUACACCUGUAAACUAUGUGGUGUGAAGUUUAGAUUACGCAAUCAUCUUAGAAACCACAUGAACUCUCAUCUUGGCAUCAAACCUUUUACCUGUACAGUGUGUGGAUGCAAAACAUCACGUAAAGCGCACUUGGAGAUGCACAUGAGGACUCACACUGGGCACAAGCCAUACAAGUGCACACUGUGUGAUAAGGCCUAUACACAAGCACACUGUUUAAAAACCCACAUGAAAAGCCACCAGGCUGCUGUUGAUGCCUUGGCUUGAAAGCAUGAAGUAAAAGUAAUCAGAAUCCAAAUUUGUUUUAUUCAUCCCCAGGGGGAAAGUUCUUUUCACUACAGACUUGUAGCUAACUUUCAAAAGAAAUACAAUAGAAAACUAAAAUAAAAUACAAUUAACUAAAACGCUCCUAAAAAUAAAAUAAAUGCAUUAUAACUUAAAUCUAGUGAUGGUACAAUAUAUUUUUAUGUUAAACUUUACAACUGUGAGACAAUAUGUUUCAACUGUUUGUGACCUUUUUAAAAGGCCAACAAUACAAAUUCUGGCAUUUAUUGUAGGUUUGUAUGUGUAAGCUUUGAACUCGUCCAAGCACCAUUCUUUGGCAUUUUGGCUCUUCUGCAUUCACUUUGAAUGGGAACAUUGAUAUUGGUCAAAUUUACUUCAGUUUUAUUUAGUUUAUAUGGAAGAACAUUGUAUUCAC